CACUGAUUCUGUCUGCUGCUACUGCAACUCGGCUUGACGUCAAGAUUUCAGCUUCUCUGUGUUACUUUUAACGGGUCGAAUCAAUUCACGAACAAGAGGUCUCCUGAGCGAGGACUGUAAAUCUGCUGGUAUCAGAAAUGGAUCCUGCAACAGACGAGGACAAUCACGACUCAACUGAUUCAACAUCACAACCGGCCAACAAUGUAAAAACAGAGAAAACUUCAAACAGCGACAAAUCUAAUCGACUUAGAGCAAAGCCUGAUAUUCCUGUGAUAUUUUCCGAUAGUGAAGACUCCUUAGAUGGCUUUGGUUACUAUACUAAGAAGAGGAAAAAUGAUUCUGAGAGCGAGGAUGACUGGGAUCCGAGAAAAGGAAAAGCCGCCUCUCCCAAAAAGAAAGUGAAAGCGGAAAAGUCACCGAAAAAACCUAGAAAGCCGAGAGAACCCAAAACUAAAGCCAAAAGAGAACCAAAGCCGAAGAAAGAGAAGGGCGAGAAGAAACCGAGAAAACCGAGAGGGAAAAAGGCAAAGGAAGAAGUUAAGGAGGAAAACUCAAAUGAUUUGUCAGAUGAGCUGUCAAAUAAUCCAGACCCUGCAGAGAAAGAAACUGAAGCAGAUGGUGAGGCUGACAGGGAGAACGACACAGCCGAUGAGAGUAACCCAGCCUCUGCCGAUUACAGUGUUCCAAAACCAGCAUGGCAGAAAAGCGAACUUCUUUCAGAAAUGAUUCAGACAGACCAACAAAUCGCAGAAAAUAUCAUAAAGCUUUUUGAAAAUGAUAACACCAUUCCGUUUAUCGCCCGAUAUCGCCGAGAACUCACAGGGGACAUGAGUCCGGAAGACCUGAGAAAAGCCAAGGAAGCGUUUGAAAAUAUCAGGUCCAUACAGGCUAAAGCAGUGUCUAUUUUGAAAGCCAUCAACAAACUAGGUAAACUCACACCUCAUUUGGAAAGAUGUGUGGUUGGAGCAAGAAGCUUAGUUGAGCUUGAACAUUUGUACGCUCCUUACAAAACGGGAGGCAAAAAGACGAAGGCAGACACAGCGAGACAGCUGGGGCUGGAGCCGGUGGCCAUGACACUGCUGGAGGGCUCAGACUAUGUCGCCAUGGAGCCUCUCAUCAGGAAAGAUGUUCCUGGCAGGGAGACAUUGUGGGCUGUAGAAGACAACAUCUCAUACAUCAUAGCAGAUGUUAUCAGCAAAGAUAAGGAGGUUCUGGACCACUUGAGAACCAUGUUGAAAAAUGCAACAACUACAAUAAGAAUUGAAAGCUCUUUAUCUAGAACAGCAAAAAGUGGCGCAAAAAGUGGAAAAGUGAAAAAGGAAAGCCAGGCUGGGCAAAGUAAAGACAUUGAAGAAGGGAAAUAUGAAAUUUAUUAUAAUUUCUCCGUUCCUGUACGACAUGUAAAACCCCAUCAGGUCUUAGCUCUGAAUAGAGGGGAGAACCAAAAGGUUUUAUCAGUCAAAGUUGCCAUUCCCGAUUGGUUUACAAACAAAAUGCAUCAUUUUUGUAAAGAUAAAUGGUUGAGAACAGGCUACGAGUACACUUUGCGAAACCACAUGUUUGAGAAAAGCUUCAGGGACGCAUUCACCAGGUUGAUUCACCCGCUGAUCGCUCGACAGAUCCGAUCUUCUUUGAACCAAGAGGCAGAACAAGCUGCCAUUGAAGUGUUUGCUACAAACUUGAAAAAACUUCUUCUCACUCCUCCGUUACGAGGCACUGUCAUCAUGGGAAUUGAUCCAGGUUUCAACAAAGGCUGCAAAGUAGCAGUGAUAUCUCCUUCUGGAUCUGUGUUGGCUACUGACGUUCUUAACAUCAACAUCCAUUGUCCAUCUUCUUUUCAACCUCACCAAGACAGUACGGCUCAAAAACUGAAGGAACUCUUGGUGAAAAACAGGUGCGAGAUGAUUGGCCUUGGUAACGGCAAGGGUUGUCGGGAGACCGAGGAGUACCUGAGUUAUCUAAUACAGAAGGGUUGGUUCUCACCGCUGGACGUCCAAUAUACGAUCGUCAGUGAGCAGGGAGCCAGUAUAUACAGCUGUAGCAGCGAAGCCGUUAAAGAGUUUCCAGAUUUGGAUCGUAACCUCAUCAGUGCAGUCUCGCUAGCACGUCGAGUACAGGACCCACUGUCUGAGAUGGUGAAGGUAGAGCCGAGACAUCUUGGUGUGGGGAUGUAUCAACAUGACGUGUCUGAGAAACAACUCAACAACACACUAGACGAGGUUGUGUCAGAAUGUGUGAGCUUUGUGGGGGUUCACAUCAACACGGCGUCACUAUCUGUGCUCAGACGUGUCGCUGGUCUCAACCAGAACCGAGCGUCCAAGAUACUGGAAUGGAGAGAGACUUACGGACCGUUCACCAACAGGCAGCAGUUAAGACUCGUGAAGGGCAUUGGAGAAAAGUCAUUCGAGCAGUGCGCAGGCUUUAUACGCAUUCAGCCUCCAACCAGCGAAGAACAAAAAAGGAAAGUACCACCUAUGACCAUAAAGCAAAGUACAAGUGUGGAAACGCAUUUCAACCCAUUAGAUCAGACGUGGAUACAUCCAGAAUCUUACAACGUUGCUAACAGAUUCAUAAGAAAAUGUGGAGUUGACACAAGAGAUCUUGGAAGCCCUGGUUUUAUUGCUGCCGUUGAAAAGUGUGCUCGGGAAAAUGGGGUGGAAAGUCUAAGCAGAGAGUUGAGUACUAGCCAGGUUGUGCUACAAUUGAUUGUAGAAGGACUACAGAAACCUCUUGAUCACGACUUCCGCUCGGAGCUAAGCAAACCUCUGUUUCGUCGAGGAGUCACUUCACUGGAGGACCUUACUGUCGGGACGGUUCUUACAGGUCGAGUACAGAAUGUGACACAUUUCGGAGCGUUUGUCGACAUCGGAGUGGGUAAGGAUGGACUGGUUCAUGCAAGUAAGUUUCGCCACAACAACCCACAGCUCGGAGAUAGAGUUGAGGUCAAGGUCGUUAACAUCGAGGUGGAUCGCAAGCGGAUUCAGUUGGAGUUAAUCAGUGUUUUGUAAAUGUUGUUUCUUUGCUCUCA